UCCUUUCAGCUUGGCCUUCAAUUCAUGAAUAAUUCCAUUUCUAGCCUUGCUGGCUGUGGAUCGCGUUUCCUACUCUGUGAACCCCAAUGUCCUUACCUGUUAAAUGGGGAUAAAUUUCCCAUGUUCUCUUAAAGGAAUCAGUGAGUGCCAGGUGGUCGGCAGGGUUGGUGCUGGGCCGGUGCCCGCUGCCACCCAUCCUGUCUUUGCGUCUCCUUUUCCAAAUCCGUGCGGACCUCCUCGCCCUCGUGCUGGCAGCACAGCACAGCUCGCCGUCCACUCUCAUGGGUAACCACUUUUUUGGUCCGAGGGGUCUUAGUCAUUUUUGCCUAAGAGCCGCCCUGCUUGCCGUAAUUUUAACUUUGGGUUCCUGGUGGGGACCUGGGAUGGUGAGCCUCAGGGUAGCACUUUCACACGCCAUCACUCUCGCUCAUGCCUGGUCCAUCCGUUUGUGCCACUCGGUGUGCUCCGCUGAAGAGUGGUGUUGUAUGUGCCCAGAUUCCGUGCUGUGUAUGUGGAACCUAAAGCCCGGCGUGUCCCCGGGUGUGUUUUGGCAGGGUAGCGUGAGCGCCAGGCCUCACGUAUGAUAGUUCUAGUUGAAAGUAAAGUUAGCCACAGGCUAUUCCCGACUCUUCCAUUAGCAGCUUGAUGUUUGGGCUGAGAGUCAACGUUGCGGGGACCCUGCUAAUUAUAAGUUUUAUAAUAAUGAUAGCCAGAGUUUAAUUGAGUGCUUUCCCUAGUUCAGAUGCUUGGUGAGGGCUUUGCUAUAGCAUAUGCCGCCGAAUCUUCGCAGUAAUCAGUGAGAUGGGUGCCAGUUUUACAGAUGGGAAAAGCGAAGCAGAGAGAGGCUGAGUAACCUGUCCAUGGUCACAUAUCUGGCAAGCAGCUUUGUGGACAUUCAGGCCACAGGGUCAGCUGCGUUGCUGCUCUGGGUGGUUCUAGAAUGUUGACUCUGGUUAAAUAACUUACCCGGGAUCACACUGCCGGUAAGUGGCAGGGCCAGGAUCCAGGCACGUCUGCUCUCAGCCACGCUGCCCUCGCUUCUCUGCCACAAGCAAAGGCCCCAGGGGGGUGGCCCACUGUGGAGUCGGUGCCUGGGGAGGACACAGCUAGAGCGAUUGGGCGCUUCCUGGUCUUGAGUAAGGAGGCUGAUCUGUCACCAUGAAGCUGCUGCACCCAGCCUUCCGCAGCGGCCUGCUGCUGGCCCUGCUCAGCCUGUGGAGAGCCGUGCCGGAGGCUCGCGCUGCGUCCGCGGGCAUGCCAGCCAUCAGCGCCUCCGCGUUCCUGCAGGACCUCAUGCAUCGCUAUGGCGAGGGUGACAGCCUCACUCUGCAGCAGCUGAAGGCCCUGCUCAACCACCUGGACGUGGGAGUGGGCCGGAAGAACGUCACCCAGCCCGUGCAGGGCCAGAGGAACCUCUCAACGUGCUUCGGUUCCGGAGACCUCUUUGCUGCCCACAAUUUCAGCGAGCAGUCGAGGAUCGGCAGGAGCGAGUUCCAGGAGUUCUGCCCCACCAUCCUCCAGCAGCUGGACUCCCGGGCCUGCACCUCCGAGAACCAGGAGAACGAGGAGAACGAGCAGACGGAAGAGGGGAGGCCGAGCACAGUGGAAGUGUGGGGCUUUGGUUUUCUCAGUGUCUCGCUGAUUAACCUGGCCUCUCUCCUGGGAGCCCUCGUCCUGCCCUGCAUGGAGAAGGCGUUUUUCAGCCGAGUGCUCACUUACUUCAUCGCCCUGUCCAUUGGGACGCUGCUCUCUAACGCGCUGUUCCAGCUCAUCCCAGAGGCUUUUGGUUUCAACCCUAUGGAAGAUUAUUAUGUCUCCAAGUCUGCAGUGGUGUUUGGGGGCUUUUAUCUUUUCUUUUUCACAGAGAAGAUCUUGAAGAUGCUUCUUAAGCAGAAAAAUGAGCACCAGGGACAUAGCCAUUAUGCCUCUGAGACGCUGUCUUCCAAGAAGGACCAGGAGGAGGGUGUGACAGAGAAGCUGCAGAACGGGGACCUGGACCACAUGAUCCCUCCGCACUGCAACAGCGAGCCAGACGGCAAGGUCCCCGCCGUGGACGAGAAGGUCAUCGUCGGCUCGCUCUCUGUGCAGGACCUACAGGCUUCCCAGAGCGCCUGCUACUGGCUGAAAGGCAUCCGCUACUCUCACAUCGGCACUCUGGCCUGGAUGAUCACCCUGAGCGACGGCCUCCACAAUUUCAUCGACGGGCUGGCCAUCGGUGCCUCCUUCACUGUGUCUGUCUUCCAAGGCAUCAGCACCUCGGUGGCCAUCCUCUGCGAGGAGUUCCCACAUGAGCUGGGAGACUUCGUCAUUCUGCUCAACGCUGGGAUGAGCAUCCAGCAAGCUCUCUUCUUCAACUUCCUCUCUGCCUGCUGCUGCUACGUGGGUUUGGCCUUUGGCAUCCUGGCUGGCAGCCACUUCUCUGCCAACUGGAUUUUUGCGCUGGCUGGAGGAAUGUUUUUAUAUAUUUCUCUGGCUGAUAUGUUCCCUGAGAUGAACGAGGUCUCCCAAGAGGACGAAAGGAAGGGCAGCAUGUUCAUGCCCUUCGUCAUCCAGAACCUGGGGCUCUUGACCGGAUUCGCCAUCAUGCUGGUCCUCACCAUGUACUCAGGACAGAUCCAGAUCGGCUAGGGCCCAGGCCUCCCCAUCCCUGGCCCAAGGACUCCGCAUCCACGAAGCACCACGGAAGAGGCAGUUCUAGCAAAACCUGACACAGACUGUAUUGCUCCAUUAAAGUGUCAGCUGUUUUUAAAAUGCUCUCUCCUAGGAAUAAGCUGCCCUGGUAACCAGUCUCUAGGUAGUGCCUCUCACCCACUCCUCUCCUCCUUUUCUCACGGUGACUCUGGAACCUGAAUGCAGCUUCCAAGACAAGCCUGACUUGUCUCUCUGAUCACCCUGGCCUCUUGCUCUUGGAACCAAUGACGAACGAUUUCCCUUCCCUAACAGUGCAAAAAUAUAGCCAGUGGCUAAA